UGGGCAGCAAGAAAUCUCCACAAUUACCUCCUGGUCCGCUCUCCUCCCUCGUAUCACCACCGACGAGCUCUAAGCCCUCCACCUCAUCGUGAUGGCUGCCACCGCCACCCUCGGCCUUGUCAACCUCCUUCCGAAGCGUAAUGGAAACCGUUCUUCUGGUCUCAAGCCAUUCCCUAAUCCCCGGCCGCCCUGCCUGGCCCGCCUCCCCUCCGCCCCUCGCCCCCAUCUGCCCUCUCCGGCCCUCCCACUCCUCUCCGAUGCCCCUUCCAUCCUCCCCGCCGCCGCCGCCGUCGCCUUCUCUCUUCCUCUCUUCUUCCACCCUCAGGACGCGCUUGCCCUGGACGGGGAGUUCGGAAUCUUGGAAGGGCGGACCUUUGCGUUGGUCCACCCAGUGGUGAUGGGCGGCCUGUUCUUCUACACGCUAUGGGCAGGGUAUUUGGGGUGGCAGUGGCGGCGGGUCCGCACCAUCCAAAAUGAGAUCAAUGAGCUCAAGCAGGCGGCCCCAGCUGCCCCCAUGACCGUCGCCGCUGGAUCUGACGCCGAAGCUUCGCCUCCGGCAUCUCCGACUCCUGCGGAGGCAAAGAUUCAGCAGCUAACCGAGGAGAGGAAGGCGCUGUUGAAGGGCUCAUAUAGGGAGCGGCACUACAAUGCAGGCUCGAUACUGCUGGGGUUCGGCGUGUUGGAGGCGGUGGGUGGAUGCCUCAAUACGUGGAUUCGAACAGGGCAGCUCUUCCCGGGCCCUCACUUGUUCGGUGGCGCUGGCAUAACAGCGCUGUGGGCAUUAGCCGCUUCACUUGUGCCGGCAAUGCAGAAGGGGAACGAUGCAGCGCGGAAUCUGCACAUUGCGCUCAACACGUUGAACGUCCUACUGUUUGUAUCGCAGAUCCCGACUGGUAUCGACAUAGUCUUUAAGGUGUUUGAGUUCACCAACUGGCCUUGAAUCGACUCUUCAUCUCUCGGCUCUGAGGACAUACUCUUGACGAUCCAUUUAGCUGUGUAUCUGUCAGACAGACGAAGCAUAGAAUGAUAGUUUUUUGUCCUCUUGAUGAUCCCUUUAGCUGUGUACCUGUCAGACUAAGCAUAAGAUGAUUCACGGCCAUAAAAUAUUAGUUUUUUGUUUGUGUGAUCAAA